CACAUCACCGUACAAGACGCGCGCACCAGCUCGAUAAAGGAGCUCCAGCCGUGGAGGCCCAUAAAUAAAUUACCGUGCAACAAUCACAAUAGCAGCCCCCCAAUUAGUGACACCUGGCCGGCAUUAAUUCGCAGUCGUUCCAGUACGAAAGUCAAAAAAACUGACACAAAUGCACCUGCGGUGACGUGGAGCGGGUUACGGCAGUCAGAUAUGAUCAUGCUAUUCAAAGGGAACAGCAGCAGGCUGGAGCAUCUCAUAGAGAAGAUCCAGGCCAAUAAAGAGAACCACGAGGGUAUAUCCGAAGACAUUAAACAGGCGUUGGGUAGUGUGGGAAGUACGGCUGGUAGUUCGUGGCCGUCUUCGACUCCUGAGCCGUCUCCAUCACCAUCCUCUACUCCGACAUCAGCAGAUGCUGUCGAUGCGGACGCAGACCCACCAUUCACACUGGGAGCCACCGAACACACUCCAUACCAAUGCCAGUUUUGCGACAAGGCGUUUCCCAGACUUUCUUAUCUCAAGAAGCAUGAACAGACGCAUUCAGAUCAAAUGCCGUUUCGUUGCGAAUUCUGCUCUCGUCUGUUUAAACACAAACGCUCCCGCGAUCGCCACGUCAAACUUCACACAGGCGACAGAAAGUACAGAUGUGUCCACUGCGAAUCCGCUUUUUCCAGAAGUGACCAUCUCAAGAUUCACAUGAAGACUCAUGACAAUCAGAAACCGUUCCAAUGUACAGUUUGUAACCGGGGAUACAAUACAGCAGCAGCUCUCACAUCACAUAUGCAGGGUCACAAGAGAGACCGAGAGGGUCGUGAUAAUGAUCGAAGAAGAGCAUUACGUUGUCUGCGUUGUGGAGAUGCAUUUAGAAGAGCUGAUAUGCUCCAGGCUCAUAUGAUAAGUGCUCAUGGAGUUGAUGCGGAAUCUAUGACUCCGCCGCGUCGAGUUGCUUCACAGCCACCACCCACUUUACUAGCUUGCAUAUAUUGCACUCGCGAUACUUUUACCAGUAUGGAACAGCUACAAUUACACGUACGAACAGCCCAUUCUGCAUUAUUAAAUGGAGAAACACCAAUUCAGUUCUCGGUAGACCAACCAGGACCGACAGACUUAAGUAGACGAGCUUCAGAAGAUGUUUCUCCAGUAAAACGGCCAAGACUUAGCUCAGGUUCUACUACGCCUAAGAAUGCUUUAUCACCAAGUACUCUACUUUGUAAUCAAUGUGAUGCAGCUCUGCCUGAUUUCGAAGCUUUUAGAGCCCAUUUGAAGGGUCAUCUUGAAGAAGGAGGGGAACUUGGGCGAACUAGUCCAAGUCCUUGUAUCCAUUGUGGAGCAACAUUUGCAGACGUGGCAGCUUCUGAGCGCCACCUUGCAGCACAUUAUUUAGCUGUAUCGUGUGAAUAUACAUGUCACAGUUGUACGCGCAGUUUUCCUACUCCCGAAGAUUUGCAGAAGCAUCUCUUCGAUUUACACACUCACCAUAUGUAUAGAUGUACAUUCUGUAAAGAAAUAUUUGAUUCCAAAGUUGCUAUACAGGUAAUUCAGAAUAAUUUUCCACCUUCCUUGGUUAACAUACGAGUCGAUAAAAAUAUAUAUUUAUCUAAACGACAGGCUCAUUUCGCGGUGGCACACAGUGGAGAGAACAAAGUGUGGGUUUGUCGAUCAUGUGGGGCCGCGGGUGGCCCGAUGCGAUCAGAGGCGGAGGGGGCCGCACACGUGCGAGCGAGGCAUGCGGCAGCUCGCUGCUCCUGCGGAGCUGUACUGUCCGGUUCGAGAGCUCUACGAGCUCAUGCUGCCUCACAUCACGCAUACCGCUGCCCUAUCUCCACAUGCAGCGACUCCUUUGCCGUGCAAUAUCUCCUAGAGCGACAUAUGCAAGUGCAUCAAGCGAUCACGCAUCAGAAUGUCAACGGUGAGAGAAACAAGCGAAAUGAGAACAACAACGCCGUUGAUGGCGAUGGGGCGUGUUCUCCAUGUAUCUCCGGUGCGGAUAAUAAUGGUCCUAUUCCAACUGUUGGAGAAGAAAGACGACGAAAAAAUGGUGCAGUAGCGCUACAAUGUGCUUAUUGUGGAGAAAGAACUCGUAGCCGAGCGGAGUUAGAGGCCCAUACUCGAGCACAUUCUGGUGCAGGCGCAGCGAGGCAUAAAUGUCUUAUAUGUGAUGAAGUUCUACCAUCAGCUGCAGUGCUGGCUGAACAUAAACUUACGCAUUGCAAGGUGGUAGCUGGAGAUACGUGUGCCCGAUGUCGCUCACGUCUGCCUUCAGAAGAAGCGUUCUUGAGUCAUAUGGCACGACAUCAUCCUGCCUUACCAGCGCCGUGUGUUAUAUGUCGUCAAACAUUGGCUUCGGAGGCUGAAGCACGUUUACAUGCCCGUUUCCAUUUACGGCCGUCUGCAGACGAACAAAGAUGUGCGAUAUGUCUUAGAGCUUUAUCCGAGAGUGAAAGCGGUGAAGGUGCAAGAGCAUGUUCCACUUGCUAUGCCAGACACGCAGCUCCUAGACCACAGACAACUACCGAUCAUGACUGUAGGUUAUGUCGAAGAACAUUAGGUUCCCCUACUCGUCUACAAGCUCACUUAAUUGAACACACAUUUGCUGGUAUAGGUGCAUUCACAUGCUACCUGUGCUCCGCGAUGUUUACGAGUGCUGCAGGCCUGCAAAGACAUUUACCAGAACAUGCUGCUGCUCCAAGACCUUACGAUUGUGGCCGAUGUGGUUUAAAAUUCUUUUUUAGAGCCGAACUAGAUAACCACGCUUUUGUACAUCUUGAGGAAGCUGAAAUUGCUCAAAGAGUUUUCUACGAGGCUUAUGCACGAGGAGCAGCAACCGCAUGGGCUGCUUUGCAGCCAACUGAUAUACAACCACAAUCAUCAGCUUCAACACCAGCCCCUACAAUAAGUGACGUUAAACAAGAACCAGAAAUAAAGGAGGAACGUAACGAUGAGUAUAUAGAAGUAUCAUCGCCGCCUCCGAAACAAUCUGAGCCAGCAACGUCUCCUACUCCAAUGAUAAAACAAGAGAAAACAGACGAAGACUGAUUGGAAGCUACGCUAUCGUCCGUCGUGGGAUCCGUUCCUACUGCAAUACUAGAUUACGUCCUACAAACUAUGCUCUAGUUAGUUACAUUAAAGUUAAAUUCCAUAAAGUUAAGCGUUUAGAACGCUAAAUAAUCAAAUAGAUAGUAUUAAUUGUUUAUGUUGGUUAGGGACCGUAUGUUUUAUAAUAUUUACACAACUAUUUGUAUAAAUUGUUAAAUUAAUAAAUUAUUAUGUUAGGCUUCACUUAA